CUCUCCACAGCAAAACCAAGUCUUCUCACAUUCCACUAAGCUCAAAGCUCAAAGCUCAAAUCUCAAAUCUCAAAUUUGCUCCAUUUUCAUCCCUUCCCUUGUUUCAAACUUCCAUUCUCACUUCAGCAGUCGAUUUUAUAACGAUAUAUAUAUAUAUGGACAGGAUCAGGAGCAUGGUGGCUGAGAGGCCGGUGGUGGUGUUCAGCAAAACCACUUGCUGCCUCUGCCACACCAUCAAGACCUUCUUCUGCGAUAUGGGCGUGAACGCGUCUGUUCACGAGCUCGAUGAGAUACCACGUGGCCGGGAGAUCGAGCAGGCUCUAUCGCGGUUUGGCUGCAACCCUACCGUGCCCACUGUGUUCAUCGGGGGCGAGUUCGUGGGGGGACUUAGUGAGGUUAACAGUCUUCAUCUUAAGCGGGACUUGAAACCGAUGCUUAAACAGGCUGGAGCUUUAUGGGUUUGAUCUUACGUACGUACCGACUAUGCAUGUUAUCCGAAUAAUAAACAUCUACUUUAAGUAGCUGCUUGGCAUGCAUUUGACAUUAGGGUUUGAGUUUAGUAUCUUAUAGGGCUUGCAUGCAUGACUGUACGUCUUAGUGUCGUUAAUAACCCUACCUAAAUAACUAUAUAUUUAUGUCGCCAAUAUCGAGUCUUUUUCUGUAACGUGUGUCAUCUCCUCGCGCGGGUUUCGUUUUUUCCUAAUAAAAAGAUGAGUUUAUAAUAUUAUACACUCUUUGUUUCUUGUUAA